CAAACCAAUUUUUGUUGCCCAGUUGCAUAAACUCACAAAAGAUCUCAUCUCUAACUAGGUAGAUUAAGAAAGAGCAUUUUAACUCCUACUUUCUCGAGAUUUACUUCUAAUGCUUCUUUCUUUUUUCAUUUUUUUUUUUCAAAAAUUUUCUUGAAUGAGAGAUUUGAAAGUGGAGAAGGAUCUCAAAUAUGGAAACGAAAUUAACAAGACAGAUAAUCUUAAUUAGCAUUUGUAUCGUUCUAUGUUUUAUGGCCACUCUUUAUACUUGGAGGGUGAGAAGACCCAACUUCAAAAUCCAAGCAGUGAAUUUGGGAGGUUGGCUGGUUGCUGAAAGAUGGAUCAAACCUUCUCUCUUUGAUGGCAUCCCCAACAAAGAUUUCUUGGAUGGGACUAGCCUGCAUUUAAAAUCAGCAACAGUUGGAAAAUACCUUUGCGCCGAAUGGGGUGGAAGAUCAAUCAUAGUAGCUAACCGGACUUAUGCUACAAUCUGGGAAACAUUUAAAUUGUGGAGGAUCAAUGAGACCAGCUUUCAGUUUAGAGUGUACAACAAACAGUUCAUGGGACUUGACACUGCUGGAAAUGGGAUUGAUUUAGUUGCUGUUACGGACAUGCCCGGCGGCAGAUCAGAAACGUUUCAGAUUGUUCGAAAUUCUGAUGAUUUAAACCGCAUUCGGAUCAAAGCCUCCAAUGGUUUCUUCUUACAGGUAAAGACUGCAGAUCUUGUGACAGCUGAUUCUAAAGGAAAUGGUAGUUGGGGAGAUGAUGAUCCAUCUGUUUUCAUAAUGUGGGUAAGUGGGAGAUUCGAUGGGGAGUAUCAAGUGACAAAUGGUUAUGGUCCAACCAAGGCACCACAAGUUAUGAGGGAGCACUGGAGUACAUAUAUAGUUGAAGAAGACUUCAAGUUUGUGUCAAAAAAUGGAAUAAAUGCAGUGAGAAUACCAGUUGGGUGGUGGAUAGCCAGUGGCCCAACACCUCCACAGCCUUAUGUCGGUGGAUCUUUACAAUACUUGGACCAUGCCUUCUUAUGGGCACAAAAAUAUGGACUUAAGGUUAUCAUUGAUCUACAAGCUGCACCAGGUUCUCAAAAUGGAUUCGAGCAUAGCUCUACCAGGGAUGGGUCUCAAGAAUGGGGACAAUCUGACCAAAAUAUACAAGAGACAGUUGCAAUUAUAGACUUUUUAACUGCCAGGUAUGCUGAUAAUCCAAGCCUCUAUGCGGUCGAGCUGUUGAAUGAGCCUCUCUCACCUAAAGCAUCUCUAGAUAGCCUAAUCAAGUACUAUAAAGCUGGUUAUGAAGCUAUUAGAAAACACUCCAAAACGACUUAUGUAAUUCUGGCAAACCGGUUUGGACCGGCCGAUCCAAAGGAGUUCUUUCCUCUUGCUAGUGGCUUAGAUGACAAAGUGGUGAUUGAUGUGCAUUACUACAACAACUUCAAUUAUACAUUCUAUGGUAUGAAUGUCAAAGAAAACAUUGACUUCAUCUACAGCUAUCGAUCAUCACAGUUGAGUGAAGUCACUACAUCAGAUGGGCCUCUCACUUUUGUUGGGGAAUGGGCAGGGGAAUGGGCUCAUUUUCUCUCCGUAAACAAAGAAGAUUACCAAAAGUAUGCAGAGGCCCAAUUAGAGGUUUAUGGUCGGGCUACGUUUGGGUGGGCUUACUGGACUCUGAAGAAUGUGAACAAGGCUUGGAGUUUAGAAUGGAUGAUCAAGAAUGGUUACAUCAAGCUAUAAUCCAGUUUCCUAUCUUUAAAAAUGUAUAUAUUUAAAAAAAA